AUGCACAAUGCUCAGGAUCAGAAGGAACUUGAUGUUGAUAAAAGAAAAAUGCUACUUUUGAGCAAGUUGUUGGGUCGAAGAAACAAGAAGGGCAUAAAACUACUAAGGAAGAGAAAGGGUUCAAAUCAAAGAGUUGAUGGAGCAGAUGGAAAUAAACGAAAGAAAAAGAAGGGCAGGAAACAAGUGAUAUCUUUUAAUAGUGAAGAAGGUGAUAACCAGGAUGAUACUUCAGGUACUUGUGUGGUUGGAGCUGAUUUGGGAGAUGGAGGUGCUUUGUUGGACAUAUUUAGGAAGGAAGGUACUCCUAAACUCAAAGAAUAUCUCAAAUUACAUUUCAGAGAGUUUAGACAUUCCAUCUGUCUUCCACUGCAGCAGGUGAUACACCCAAUUCAUGAUCAAACAUUUUACUUAACCAUGGACCAUAAAAGGAAGCUCAAGGAAGAGUUUGAUUGUGAUUUGGUUGGUUAUCUUGAAUAUGCAUGGGUCAAGAUCUUUGAAUACAAAAACAUGUUGAAGUUUGUUAUUGUGUUCCAAUAUAUCCCUAGUGACCGCAAGCCACCACCGGAGGACCACCGUUGA